GAUCCAGCAAUUUCAACACGUCGGUUAGGCGCGCGCGCGCGCACGGGCGAGACAAGGACGAAAACAUCGGACUAACGGUGUGCGCCGCUGCAGCGCGUCACAGAGAAGAACGGAUAGUCUCGUUACUCGUAUAGCCCAGAACUUACCAUCGAGCGUUAUAGCAGUCCAACUAACCUAUAGUAAAUUCACACGCAUACUUACACACGUCAGAGAGUUCAGCAGUAAUAUUAUAAUGUCGCGGCUCGCGUAUUAGCCACGAUAUAACUUGACGACGACAAUCAUCCGUCCUCUCACAGCAUCGACGCAGCAGUAGCAGUAUAGCAGUCGCGGGCAUUCCCCACAUUUCCUCUCUUCGUGCGCGCCUUUUUUCUUUUUUUUUCGCUGCGAAAUAACCCGCCACACUAUAGCUGCGCUGUCUCUCGAGUCGAGAGCGUGUAUAUAGUAUAUAGGCAUAGCCAGCAGGCUAGUCGCGCAGUACACGGAAUUUACAUCAGAAUCGAUUCGACCGCGAGCGCUGUCGUGCGUGUGUGCUCCGCUCUGAAUUCUGCCUGACUUUUCCCUUUCUCGAGAAGUGCGAAGAAAAACCAUGACGUCGAGGAACGAACUUCUGAUGGUGCUUGUCCUGGCGCUGGCUUGUCUGGUCACUGGACAUCCUGCUGCUGGAGAGACUAGUCCAACCACUGAGAAAGCUAUGCCACCUCAACCGCCUCAGGUGUCUACAACAUCAGUGCCGGAUUCAACGACUGCUGCCAGCAAUGUGACAACUCCUAUCCCUUCAGGAACUAAUACAACGACAGAUUCAACCCCUACCACGACAGCUAAACCUACUACUGCACCACCGACCGAGACUACAUCUACAACACCGAGCACUACUACCUCAGAAAAGCCAACUAAAAAGCCAACUGAUAAACCAACUACUACUACUCCUUCAACAACGACACCUGUGACCUCCUCAACCUCCACAACUGCAAAACCAGAUCCAUCUCCAACUCCUAAGCCUACAAGUGCUCCAUCGAACGCAACUACUUCUUCACCUGUUACUCCACCAACUCCACCCAAAGGAAGACACUUUGAUGGUCUGAGCUUCUUGGGUGGCAUCAUCCUGACAACCUGUCUGGUUGGACUGAGUGUUGGCUCUUACAAAUUUUACAAAAUCAAAACUGAGCGUAGCUAUCGCACUCUCUGAGAUUACGCUCUCAUUCAAACGAUCUAAAACUCCUAAACAAAGAUUAUCAGCACUGCAAAGUGUGUGGAAUACUAAGAUUAAUCACUUUAAUUAUAGUAAUAUUGUAUUUUUUAUAAAGCGUAUAGCAUUGGUUACAAAUGCUGAAGUGCUCUUAGUAUGUUAAAAGAAAAAAAAGAAAAGAUAUGUGCAUUCGUACGACUGAUCCGACUUGAUUUGAUUUUUCAUACAUUAGGUUUUAAAUUUUUAAUUUAGAGUGAAAGUAUUACUGAUAUUUGAAAACAAAAAAAAAUAGAAAGUACUUGUAAGAAGAUUUUUCAAUUAUUCAUUCCCAUCCACACGUUUAUGCACAGCUACGAAGAUGUUUGCGAUGAUCACAAAAGCGCAAAAGAAGUCAAAGUGAGUGAAAAAAAGAAUCUCAAACUGUAUAAGAAGUGGCUUAAAAACAAUACUAAGUCUUGAUUCAAGUCAAAUGGCAUUUAUUCUUUGAAUAAAGAAAAACUAUAUAGUGUAUAAAUGUAUAAAAAUGUAUGUUACAUUUUCUAAUCUUACGAUGAAAUAAAUAUAUACUAUAAACGAAA